AGCAGUGAACCGUAUGGGACUUAGCAGGAGCACGCAGGACGACACACUCCAUCAGCGCCAUGGCAGCGAGCACAGAGGACGGGGACUCACACAUGGAGGAGCUGGUGGACCAGGGCCUGGGGAUGGAGGAGACGGUCCACGGCCUGCUGAGGAGGCCCUCGCUGAAGGAGAGCUACCACAGCGACUCCCUGCUGGCGCCUGACACUGACUUCAUGACAGAUGACCGCAGCUCGGCAGCCAGUGGUCUGGACGUGGCGGACCGGCUGACCUACCUGGAGCAGAGGAUGCAGAUGCAGGAAGAUGAGAUCCAGCUGUUGAAGAUGGCUCUGGCUGACGUCCUCAAGAGGCUCAACAUCUCCGAGGAGCACCAGGCAGCUGCUGCUGCGUCUGCUGCUGGCAGGAGAGCACCGGGCGCCAAAGCCCGGCCCGUGUCUCUGGCUCUGCCCUCCAGACCGCCCAUGGUGACCUCCAGCGCUGCUUCCGUGAAGAAGAGCUCCACGCUGCCCUCCAGCUCCACAGCCAGGAACUACAGCCCAACACCGCCCCGCAGUGGUGUGAGGAGCCCACCAGGGAGUGUGAAGGACUCUAAACGGCCCACAUCUGCAGCCUGUAAGAAGCCUCCAGAAGGCAAGUCCAAGGAGGCUGCAGUAAACGUAGGAAUAAGGCGUGUGACACACUGCAAAGUGACUAUGCAGAUCUAUCUGAGCCCCCUCGCAAGAAAGACUGGGUCUUCUGAGACCGCCAAAUCCACGGCCGCGGUGCCUGCCAACAGCAGGCCCACGGCCGCUCCCAACAACCCUCAGGCGAAGGGGGGCAGCAAGCCCGAGGGGAGGAAGACGACCCCGUCGUUCACCUUAAACCUGCAGAAAACCACAACCAGCCAGAGCCCACCGCAGGAAACAUCCAGCUACAAGAGCCCCCUCAAAUCGCCCAGCCAGUACUUUCAGAUUUGUUACUGAGGCAGGAGGAUAGAUUUGUUACAAAUUUGUCCGUGCCAUCGACCCCAAACAAAUUAAAGAGC